AUUAAGGGAAACAAUUUAAUAUAACAUAUAUUUUCAUUUGUAGUAUUUAUUUCUACAAUUAUGUGUUCUUGCUCCCAUCGAUUGAUUCUCGCAACGUUUCCAAGUAACUAAUCGUCGUUUACCUUAGAUACGCGAGUCCUUGCAAGGAUCAAUCAACCAGCAAUUUCUUGCAGUCGAGUGUGAAAAUUUUUGUAAAUUACUGGAAGAUCAUUCUGAUCAAUUUAUCGCUAUCGAACAAAAAUCGAUAUUAUGCCGCACCAGAAUGAAGCGAGUGAAAAAACUUGCGACGACAAUGAGACGCCGAAAUAUCAAAACACUUAUCGCAUGGAGCCACGGAAUCCGUUCAAAACCGAUCAGGUGGAUAAGAUCGUGAAAUCGGUAAUGAACUACCGUUUGGAUGAGGUUACAUACGACGAUGCAGAGGCCACGAAAUUAUGCAGUGAUAUCGCAGCGGAAAUACGGCGACGCGUGAAGAAACUUGAGUUCGACAGGCACAAGAUUAUCGUCACGGUCACGAUAAUCGAGAAAGCCAGUCAAUCAGUGGAAAGCACCGUCGGCUACAUAUGGGAUAGCGAAAGAGACAAAUACUCCGCGUUUUCAUUCGAGGGUCGCACUUUUCACGCUCAGUGCAGCGUAUUCGGCGUUUAUUACGAGUAACGAGACGCG